AUUUUAUUAAUCUCAAUUCGGACAGUCUUUAUGAAAGUUAGACACCCAAUUAGCUAAAACAACAAAAACAAGGUUUCUUAUUAUCUCACCAAUUUUCCUUUCAAAUCACAAAAUCAAAAAUCACAGAGCACAAAAAUCCACUCUUUUUUAUUUUUAUUUUUCUUCUCAAUCUCACUCUAUUUUCCUAAAAAAUAAAAACAUUAUUUUUCGAAAAAAAUUAAAAUUUAGAUCAUCACACUUCCAACUCUGUUUCAGCUGAGCCCUGCAACUGUCUUAAGUUUUGCAGAUAAAAAAGCUCACUGAAAUACCUUUUCUUUUAGCUCUUUCUUCUAGUUUUAACACUUAGAAAAGCAGUUUCACUAGCUCUCAAAACUCAAAUCUUUUUUUCACUUUUUUUUUUUUUUUCAAAAUUUAUUUUCUGGGUUUUGUUUGAAGUUCGAAUUUUCCUUCUUUUGGGUUUUAAACUUUUUUUUCAAAAAUUCUAGAACUUGUUUUUUUGGUGAUUUAGAUUAAGAAUAAAAAUGGGUUUUUGAUAUUAAGCUCAUAGAAUAAAUUUUUUUUUGUGGGGUUUAGCUAUGGAAGCAAGUAGUGGUGUUACUGUAGUGGGAUCAGAUGCUCCGUCGGACUAUCAUGUAGCUCCGAGGACCGAAGCCGCUGGAUCCGCGGCUCCUCCUCCGCCGUCUGCGGCGGCUCCGGCUCCGUCUCCGGCUCCGGUAGUUGCGGCACCGCCGGGUAUGGCGGCGCCGGCGAAGAAGAAGAGAGGUCGGCCAAGGAAGUAUGGUCUGGACGGGAGUGUAACGAUGGCACUGUCGCCGAAGCCGAUAUCAUCGUCGGCGCCGCCGCCGGUGAUAGAUUUCUCGUCGGAGAAGCGGGGGAAAGUGAAGCCGGCGAGCUCAGUGAACAAGGCCAAGUUUGAGGUUGAGAAUAUAGGUGAAUGGGUUGCGUGCUCUGUUGGUGCCAAUUUUACACCGCAUAUCAUCACUGUUAAUUCUGGCGAGGAUGUUACAAUGAAGAUCAUAUCCUUUUCUCAGCAAGGACCUCGAGCUAUAUGCAUUCUCUCUGCAAAUGGUGUGAUAUCGAGUGUUACACUCCGUCAGCCUGAUUCUUCUGGGGGUACAUUGACAUAUGAGGGUCGUUUUGAGAUAUUGUCAUUAUCUGGAUCAUUCAUGCCAACUGAUAGUGGAGCAACAAGGAGCAGAUCUGGUGGGAUGAGUGUCUCAUUAGCAAGUCCAGAUGGACGUGUAGUAGGUGGUGGAGUUGCUGGUCUAUUAGUAGCUGCAAGUCCUGUGCAGAUUGUAGUAGGCAGUUUUCUGUCAGGGAACCAGCAUGAGCAGAAGCCUAAGAAACAGAAACAUGACUAUGUAACAACUGCCACAGCAACUGCAGCUGUUCCUAUAUCUAGUGCGGACCCUAAACUCUCAUCUUCCACGUCAUUCCGUGGAGAUAAUUGGUCUUCAAUGCCACCAGACUCAAGAAAUAAGCCUACUGACAUUAAUGUAUCUUUGCCUGGAGGGUAACAUAAUUCGACUUCACAUUGCUGUGCAAUAUGAGGUUUGUUCCUGACCACCAUUGGUAAUCAAACUCCAUUAGUUGGAUCUUUGUUUGGUCUGUAAACAUUUGGACUAUAUGUUAGUACCGGCAUGUUGUUUCCCAUCAGGAAUUUCAGCCCCCCUUUCUUUUUUAGGUAGUAUUUAUAUUAGUUAGCUGAGUGUAGGCUUUGUGCCAUGUAGAAUAGUUUGAUGUAAUAUCUACACCAGGGUCUGUUCUUUGGAGUGAUGUAUUGUGAUUUCAAAGUUGUUUUAGACAUUCAGAACUCAUUUCUUCAA